GGCAUAUCAUUAUCAAACCCCAUAAUCCUCCCAGAAAAACAAAUGAAAAAUGCUCUACGUCCUUUAACCAUCCAGAACCUUUGGUGGAUAUCCUGCCAAGUAUCAGUUAAAAGAAGACCUUCAUAGUAUUUGUUACAACAGCAAAUGUCACAAACACAUUUAACAGUACAAGCCAGUGGAGAACAAGUCCAUAACUUGUGGAAGACAUGGCUUUGGGUUUGCCACCACUUAAUUUCAAACUCCAGUGCUCCUCUACUUCCACCUUCUCCUCAUCCUCUUCAACCAACUACCGCCCUGCCGUCAUCCUUCCUGGGUUAGGGAAUAAUACAGGUGACUAUAAGAAGUUGGAGUUCACCUUGCAAGAGUAUGGAGUGUCCACCGUUGUUGCUAAUGUUUCAAGAAUUGAUUGGCUGAGGAAUGCAGCUGGCUUGGUGGACCCUAACUACUGGAAAGGCACUUUGCAGCCUAGGCCUGUUCUUGACUGGUAUUUGAAGAGGGUUGAUGAUGCAGUUCAAGAAGCAAAGGAAUUGGCACAAGGUGGGAAAUUGUCAGUGAUUGGUCACUCAGCUGGAGGGUGGCUAGCUCGUCUUUACAUGGAAGAAUUUGGACUCUCCCACAUCUCCUUGCUUCUCACUCUUGGUACUCCCCACUUGCCUCCUCCGAAAGGUUUGCCAGGGGUCAUUGAUCAAACAAGGGGCCUACUAUAUUAUGUUCAACAACACUGCAAAAAAGCUGUUUAUACUCCUGAGUUGAAAUAUGUAUGCAUUGCAGGGAGGUAUCUUCAGGGGGCUCGUUUUGUUAACGACUCAAAAGUGGCAGUUGAGUCUAUGGCCACCAUUGAUGAUGACCAACAAGAAUCAGAUGUUGCUGUUGUGAAAAAUAUGACAGAUUCAACCCCUGUUUCCACGACCUUCCAAGCUCGGUUUGUUGGCCAAGGGUACAAACAGGUUUGUGGGGAGGCAGAUGUUUGGGGUGAUGGAGUUGUGCCAGAAGUAUCGGCUCACUUAGAGGGAGCCCUUAACAUAAGCUUGGAUGGAGUGUACCACUCACCUGUUGGUUCAGAUGAUGUAUCAAGACCAUGGUAUGGUUCUCCCGCAGUUGUGGAGCAAUGGAUUCAUCAUCUCCUCAAUUGAUCAAGUCUGAGAGAAUAUACACAUAAAUAUAUAUUAUCUCUUCAUGUAAUCUUUGAUUUGUUGAUGAACUUCUCGUACCUAAUAACCUGCAUUAGUUUGAACUUCAAAUUAAGUAAUAUAUGCAAGAGCAAGGUUCACUGUCCACUGCACUGGAAGGCAGCUUACAAGGGUGAUCAUUGAAAUUCAAAAUGAACAAUGGUUUUCUCAUGAUUGAAUGAUUAAACUACUAGUUGAUCAAAGAUCCGGUUACCAUAAACAGUACAAAUGAAAAUCAGGAAACCAAAUGAAAAUGUUACUUUUUCACUCCCUAGUCCCUACAGAAUUUUUACACAAGUCCAGCUGGGAACAUUUCCUCAGUUGCAAGGCUACCAGAGAGUUUAGCUCGCAAAAUGAAAAGCAAAACAUGAACAUACAUAAAAAAAGUUCAGUUCAGAAUAACAAGAGCUAGCUUGAUGUUGGUAGGGCAACCAGUGGUUAUACAUGAAAAUAGAGGUCAGCUAGACUUCAUAAAAUGGCGGGAUAGCAUUUUCCCGAUCUCUAGGAAACCAACUUUUUCUUUUC